AUGGCGGAUAAUAUCUCCGGCGUCAAAGUGGGUGCCAAUGCCCUGGACGAAGGAGAAAAGACGGAUAAAAAGGAGGGAACCGUCCCUGUUUCUCACGAGCCCCCGUCUUCUUUCGAUGGCAAACGUUCCAUGUACUUGGAUUCUAGCAUCGCCUUUGAGAACUAUGUCUACUGGGCCAAGCGAUCGCGCGAGGUUGAGAAGCAUAUUUCGACUGACGAUGCGGGACUUGCGUACUGGAGAAAGCGGCUUUUUAGACAAAAGUCGGACGCCACAGUACCGAAUACCUCUGCCACCACUGAGCCCAACGACAAGCAUAAUAUCAAAACGAACGGCGAUAGCACAGGCGAUGGCUGGGGCAUCACCGAGACCGAAUGGGAACAGGCACAACGGGCUGGCCGAACUGUAACUUGGGGUUCGAUCUUCUAUCUCAUUACCACCGACAUCCUCGGCCCGACCAAUGUCCCAUGGGCAAUCAGUCAGAUGGGCUACGGACCAGGAGCUGUACUUUACACUGUUUUCGGGGCCAUGGCUUGUUACUCCGGCAUGCAACUGUGGAAGAUCUUCGUCGGUCUCGACUCGACUCGAUUCCCGAUGCGCAAUUACGGCGAUGUGGCUUUUCGUGUCUAUGGAAAUUGGGCGCGCAUCUUUGUGAACGUCCUACAAAGCUUCCAAUUCUUCCUCAAUGUGUCCCUGCUCAUUGUAAGCAACGGACAAGGACUGGCACAGAUGGUCGUCGGUGCCAAUGGCCAAGGGUUCCUGUGUUUCAUCGCUGCCGAGGUUAUCUUCGUGGUCAUUGGCUUUGUCUUUGGGCAGAUCCGUACCCUACAGCGCCUUUCUUACCUGGCUAACAUCGCGAUCUGGCUGAAUAUCAUUGUCGUCAUCAUGACCAUGGCCGUGGUUCACGAGUAUCCCCCGAACUAUGCAGCCUCGUUGACUAGCUAUCAAACCCCAAAAGGACCCGUGAAAACAACCGGUUACUGGCCCGAGGACUCAACCCUCAAAAACAAAGUCAAUGCUAUGAUGAACGCGGUUUUCGCGUACGGAGGCGCAACCCUGUUCAAUGAGCUCAUGGCUGAGAUGAGACGGCCAUAUGACUUUUGGAAGGGCUUCAUCAUUGCCGAGAUAUUCAUCUACGUUUGCUACCUUGUCUCGGGCAUGGUUGUAUACAGUGCGCAGGGUCAAUUUACAUUCAAUCCUGCUUACCAGGGUAUUCCAAAUUCUGCCUACAGAUUUCAGACCUUAGGUAAUGCCAUCUCAUUCAUCACCGGCGUCAUCGCAGCACUGCUAUAUGGAAACAUUGGUAUCAAAGUCUUCUACAACGUGGUGCUGCGCGAUAUCUUCCGUUUCCCGGACUUGAACAGCCGAACUGGUAAAUUACUGUGGAUUGGACUCGCACCUGCCUACUGGGCUCUCGCCUGGGUGAUUGCCGCCGCAAUCCCGCAAAUCAGCAAUCUAACAUCCUUCGUGGGAGCCGCUUGCAUCCUACAGUUUUCUUUCACGUUCCCACCAAUGUUGCUGGUUGCGUUCAACAUCCAAAAUGACGCGAUACUCCCCGAAGAGGAGUUCAACCCGACAACCGGCCAGACACAGCGCUUGGACAGUGGAAUGAAGCGAUGGAUCAGAGGAUACAAGAAGAAGUUUGUGUGGAACACUUUUGAUGUACUGUAUGCGCUUGGUGCGGCGGGCGCGGCUGGUCUGGGAAUUUGGGCUUCGGUUACUUCCAUGCACAAGCAAUUCGCAGAGGGCACUCUGACCCCUUUCACUUGUGCGAAUCCGGCUGGAUAG